AUGAUUGUGCAAAUGUGCUCUUCUCGAAUCGCUUCUAGAUUGCGGCUCACUGGCAAAAAAUGGGAAGACUCCAAAGCGUCCAUCAAAGACAUUCUGCAAAAAGCAACAGAAGGCACUCGGCAAAUACUUCCCCAGAAGCUAAUUCAGUUCAACCUAGAAGAAAGCCUGUCGAUAUUCAGAGCAGAAUCCAAAAGCGUGAUCCAGUCCGUCAACGCAUGGUCCAAUCAUCGUGUUUCGCAUCGUCUCAAUUACAUUGUGGAAAAGAUGUAUCGAUUAAACAACAUACAUGGCUUGCAGCAACUCCUCCAUCUGAUUCCCUCUGGUCCCACAAAGGUGAUCAAGGAGGCAGCCUUCACAGCUACUCUGCUCAACAUCAUUCGAAAAGUAUCCAGAUAUAAAGAAGCCGCUCAGGUGCUUCAUCGCAUUGCUAAGAAGUUUCCUCUUGUCCGGAACAUUGAGAUUCAACUAGCAACCCUUCCCCAAGAGGCUUUCGAUCGACCCCAUCACCCGACGUACUCGCCGAGUCUUCCAGCCGUGCUGUCUCGUUUGGGGAAGAUCAAUGGUAAACAGUAUAAUAUCUCCCAGAUCUCCCGAUUCAUGAAAAAUGGCAAGACCAAGAAUCCGAAUUACCAGUUCUCUGAGCAAACGAAUAGAAUUCUCCAAGAAGCCAAGAUCCAUGCGGAGAUCCAGCUAAUCGCCUACUGCGAAAUUCAAUCGCCUCCGCUGUUCCCGCGUGCCAUCGCUUCCAGCAAGGAUGCUUGUUUCUUGUGCCAUGCAUUCAUCCAAAAUCAUGACAAGAUGCACACAUCACGCACACAUGGAAGAUUGUACCCUGGUUGGCGUCUGCCAAAGCUUUUGUCUUUCACGACGCUGGAGCACCGAUUCAAUGAAAUCCUAGUGGACCACGCUCGACAGACUAUCAGAGCUCGAGACAAAGGUCAAAUGGGUGCUCACCCCUACCCGAAUGAAAGUACCUUACUUCCUAUGUUGGUCUCGGCGUCGACAAUGAGCGCUGUACAAGAUCCGGUCGAAAUCACUACGGGAGCGGUGUCGCUUUCUGGUGUCUCUCCAGGCUCCAGAACCGUGGAAACAGCGGUCUCAACUGCAAAUCCGCCUGGGGAUUCUAAAGUAUUCAGUGGCUGUGUUCUAGCGCCCAGCGACCGGUUGACUGGCAUCAUAACUCCGACGGCGCCAUCGCCGUUCUUCCUGGCUGGCCCUCUACAUAUCCACCUCGAGAUGGAAGGAAGUUCGACUUCCGAAUCCAUAACAAGGGGUCUUUCGCUCUCUAUUGAAAGAACGGACGUCGAGCAGAUCAUAAAAUUUCCUACUGGGUCUCUAAUGGUGGACGUGGUGGAACUAGAGAGGGAUAUGACAUAUGCCCUCCCGGCGGACGGGACGUUCUGCCUCACAGCUCACGGUAUCGCAGUGAGAAUUGAGUGCAAGCAAUGGAACGGGUUAUACACCAGCCUUCGGGAGAGGUAA